GCAGUUCCAAGGCUGCGUCUUUGCACUGGACAGGCGAGAGAGCUGUCAGUGUCCUCUUGCUGGGUCUCCUUCCUGCAGCCUACCUGUAUCCUGGACCAGCCAUGGACUAUUCACUGGCUGCAGCCCUCACUCUCCAUGGCCACUGGGGUCUUGGGCAGGUUAUAACUGACUACGUCCAUGGAGAUAUACCCAUUAAACUGGCCAAUACAGGUCUGUAUGUACUAUCGGCCGUUACCUUCGCUGGCCUCUGCUACUUCAACUAUUAUGAUGUUGGUAUCUGCAAGGCUGUUGCCAUGCUGUGGAGCCUCUAA